GGCUUCGCGGACGGCGGGCCCCGCGGCCCCGCGCCCACCGGCUCCCCGCCGCAGCACCAGUUCCACCCGGGCCGGCGGAAACGCGAGAACAAGGCCAGCACCUACGGCCUCAACUACCUGCUGUCCGGCAGCCGCGCAGCCGCGCUGAGCGGAGCGGGAGGCCCCGGGGCCCAGGCGGCGCGGCCCGGCACGCCGUGGAAGAGCCGCGCCUACAGCCCGGGCAUCCAGGGACUUCAUGAGGAGAUAAUUGACUUUUACAACUUCAUGUCCCCGUGUCCUGAAGAAGCUGCCAUGAGAAGGGAAGUGGUAAAGCGGAUUGAAACCGUGGUGAAAGACCUCUGGCCAACGGCUGACGUGCAGAUAUUUGGCAGCUUUAGUACAGGUCUCUAUCUUCCAACAAGUGACAUAGACCUGGUUGUCUUUGGCAAGUGGGAACGUCCUCCAUUACAGCUGUUGGAACAAGCCCUGAGGAAGCACAAUGUGGCUGAGCCUUGUUCCAUCAAAGUCCUUGACAAAGCUACAGUGCCAAUAAUAAAGCUCACAGAUCAGGAGACUGAAGUCAAAGUCGACAUCAGCUUUAACAUGGAGACUGGUGUCCGGGCAGCGGAGUUCAUCAAAAACUACAUGAAGAAGUACUCCUUGCUGCCUUACUUAAUUUUAGUGUUGAAACAGUUCCUCCUGCAGAGGGAUCUGAAUGAAGUUUUCACAGGUGGAAUUAGCUCUUACAGCCUCAUUUUAAUGGCCAUCAGCUUUCUGCAGUUGCACCCAAGAAUUGAUGCCCGGAGAGCAGACGAAAACCUUGGAAUGCUUCUUGUAGAAUUUUUUGAACUCUAUGGAAGAAAUUUUAAUUACCUGAAAACUGGUAUUAGAAUAAAAGAAGGAGGUGCCUACAUCGCCAAAGAAGAGAUCAUGAAAGCCAUGACCAGCGGGUACCGACCGUCGAUGCUGUGCAUUGAGGACCCCCUGCUGCCUGGAAACGACGUUGGGCGGAGCUCCUAUGGGGCCAUGCAAGUGAAGCAGGUGUUUGACUAUGCCUACAUUGUGCUCAGCCAUGCUGUGUCACCGCUGGCCAGGUCUUAUCCCAACAGGGAUUCUGAAAGUACUUUAGGAAGAAUCAUCAAAGUCACUCAGGAAGUGAUCGACUACCGGAGGUGGAUCAAAGAGAAGUGGGGCAGCAGAAUCCUUCCAUCGCCAGACCUGGACAACAGGAUCAAGAUAAAGGAGCGGAUCACGGUGUGCAAUGGGGAACAGGUGCAGAGCCGAGAGCCCGGCUCGCCCUACAGCCAGCGCCUGACUUUGUCUCUGUCCAGUCCGCAGCUCCUGUCUUCAGGUUCUUCUGCCUCUUCUGUGUCCUCACUUUCUGGAAGUGAUAUUGACUCGGACACACCACCCUGCACCACGCCCAGUGUUUAUCAGUUCAGCCUACAAGCACCCACCGCCCUCAUGGCCAGCCUGCCUGCAGCCUUGCCGCUGCCCAGUGGCAAACCUCAGCCUGCUGCUUCCAGAACGCUGAUCAUGACAACAAACAAUCAGACCAGGUUCACCAUCCCUCCACCAACCCUUGGAGUGGCCCCUGUUCCUUGCAGACAGGCUGGUGUUGAAGGAACCACCUCUUUGAAGGCCGUUCACCAUGUGACCUCCCCAGCCAUCCCCUCAGCAUCCCCCAACCCGCUGCCCAGUCCUCAUCUCUACCACAAGCAGCACAAUGGCAUGAAACUGUCCAUGAAAGGCUCCCACAGCCAUGCCCAGGGUGGCAGCUAUAGCUCUGUGGGCAAUGGAGGUGUGCGGCCCCCCGUGGGCAACCGGGGACACCACCAGUACAACCGCACUGGCUGGAGGAGGAAAAAGCACGCACACACGAGGGACAGCCUGCCUGUGAGUCUCAGCAGAUAAUGGCUCCUGGCCGUACCACCCCAGACUGCCCAGAGGCCGCAGGGGAGCCGAGACCAGCAUCCAGCACCUCCACCGUGGGCUGCCGAGUGCCGCCUGCCACUGGUCACUCUGCAUGUUUCUUUGUGUGGUGGCCGCAUCCAUCUUACAGAACAGCUCCCCGCGCUCAUCUGUGAAGCCUUACUAAACGUGGAUGUGCGUCUGCCUGCCUAGAAGUCUUCGUCCAUGCCCAGCAGGGUGGGUGCAGGACCUGCAGGGACUGGAACGUGCUCUUGGCCGUUGUGCAGCCAUGUCUUGUCGCGUGGCGAUUUGGAGUUCUCGUUGGUGUCUGUCACCGUGGCAGCGGAGCCCUGCUCCUGUCUUUUUAGCGGGGAGGGUGGAGGCUGUUGUUUUAUUGCCCUCAUGUCUUGUUUGAAAACUUUGGGACUGUUUUCUAUGUAAAUAUUGAAAACUUAUGAUUUGUGCAAUAAUUCAGAUAUUUUUUAUUUAAUUUCAUAUUUUCACAUAAGUUAUAUUUAAGGGAGGAGGGAGUUUUUUUAAACACGCUUAGAUCCUUUCCCAAAUUGCAUUUUCUAAGUUGGGUUCAUCGUGUUGGCUGGUUGUCUGAUGAGCUUCAUUACGACACCAUAAGAGGAGGGGCUCGAGGGCUUUAUUUUCACUUUUCUUUUGGUCAGAGGCAAGUGAAGGAGCCGAGUCACCAUGGUUUCACGAGACAUUCAGCUCCCAGGCCUUGGACUGUCGGCCUCAGGCUGUUGUCCUGCUCUGACCACAAGUUCUGACAUUUUGGUUUGGGUUCUUUUAAACUAGACAACAAAUCCAGCAUUUAAAGUGCCAGAAGUAAAACUUUCUAGGGGAGAAGAAGUUGUCACAUUGUCACAUCUGGAAUGCACUGUGACUUUGGACACUUCAGUCCGCUCAGUUACGUGGCUUGGAACGAUGGGCCUGGUGACUGCCAUUGUAGAUGAGGCGCCCAGAUUAGGAAUGUGGAGAAAGGAAUUUCGUUGAUUCCGUUGAGGAAUCUGCAUAGCAGUAUGCAUUCGUUCUGUUAAGAGCAAAUAUCUGAAAAGUACCUCCGCUGCUCAGGGCAUGUGGGGAGUAUUUUAAUGUAUCACAGGAGAGCACAGCCCAGCAUGGGCCCAGGAGCGGCUGGUGCCCGGCGUCGGAAGCAUACAGGUAUACUAUGCAAGUGUAUUCUGCCACAACAACCACUGUCUUUGUUACUUUUUUUGAACAAGAAUAUGUCCAUCCUGCCUAACCCCGAGUUUCUGGAGCACCACAGUUGUCCUGGGAGUUGUUUUCAUCUUGUGGGCCCUCAGACUUCCAUUUUAAAAUGGGGGUGCUGGUCCUACUAAACACUGCAGGUAGGUUGGUCUUUGAAGUUCACUAGUGGAGGAUGACAGGCUGAGAAGCUAAUUACCAUGACAUCUGAUUGAUGUGCAGCAGUGGGAGUUGUAGAUCGAUUUUGGAAUAUGAUGGACACCCAGCAAGGACAAGCUCUGCAUGCCUGGGCCUGCCUCUCUCAGCAGGGCAGGCCGCUGUUGUCAGGCCCCUGCCGUGGGGCCCUUGACUCUGGGCAGCAUUCCAGAGCAAAGAAGCACAUGGGGUCUGUAGUUCUUGAGGAUUGGAAUCAUCCAAAAUAUUUAAAAUAUUUAAAUUGUCGACCUGUUGCUAAAGAAUAUUUAUGAACGCUGAUCCGUAGGUCUGUACUAAUCUACACAUUAGCAAUAUUGACUGUAAACCUGCGUUAGGGAGCACAGUGGGGACUGCAAGUGUCCCACAGGUAUGCAUUUUAAAGUUCUAUCCACAGGCACAGGCACAGGCACAGGUCCAUCCCCGUUCAUGGUGAACCAGAUGAAUUGGCCUGGCUACCACUGUGGCCCCAUGCUACAGUUUGACUAAAAGAUACCAUGUUUCGAUUUUAUGUGGACAGUAAUGUGGACACUAAAAUUGACAUAUUUUUAUGUAAAGUUUUUCUAUUCUUUGAUUUUUAAUAAACUGUAGAAACCA